AGAGGGAGGGAGGGGGGCGCGUUCUGAAAUAAUAUAGUCAGCCAUUUUUUAUGUAAGGGGAUUUUUUCUUAUUGGGGGGGUUGUUAAAAAAUAAAUAUAAGAGGGCGGCCAUCUUUGUUGCUCUGCCUAGUGUAAAAUAUUCCAAAACGCCCCCCACUCUCUCCCGUGCCGAUUUGAAUAUUAAAUAAAUAUCAAACAUCGGCGCGAGAAAAAAUCUCUUAUAUAUUUUUUUUUUUAACCCCGCGCCCGCUUUUCCGAGAACACGAGGACGGAUCCCGAUGACAGGAGGAUAAUGUCCUCUCCGCUGCGCUCCUGCGAGGAAGACGAGGGCAUGGUGGUUAAUUCCGAGGGAGGAGAUUUCGAUGAAGAAGACGACGACGGGGACCGAGACGAGGACGCAAGCGACAUAAACUCUCCGGCGGCGCCUCGGGAAACUGCAACAGCCGCCGCCGCUGCCGCCGCGCCAGAAGAAGAGGCAGAGGCAUCAGACAGAGAGGUCCCGUGCAGGAAGAAAGGACGGCCGAAGAAAAAGAAGGACACAAAGAAGAAGGACAAAGAGGGGAAACCUGCCAAAGCAAAGAAACGCAAGAAGAUAGACAGCAAUGUAGAGAGAGACUCGGACAGAGAGAGAGACUUCGGCGAGAACUCCGACAGUGUCGCCAGCGACUAUGGAUCUGGUGAGAAAAAGAAAAAGAGGAAACAUAAAGAAAGGAAGGAGAAGAAAACCAAGAAGAAGAAAAAAGAUGACGUGGAGCGGGACAGCAGUCAGGAGGAAUCAACAAAGCAGCCAAUGGAGCAGAAGAACUCGGCCCAGCUGGCAAAGGAGUGGGGUCUGGAGGAUGUUGAUCAUACCUUCACAGAGGAAGACUACAGGGAACUCACCAACUACAAAGCCUUCAGUCAGUUCAUGAGGCCAAUGAUCGCCAAGAAGAACCCUAAGAUCCCCAUGUCGAAGAUGAUGACCAUCCUGGGGGCCAAAUGGAGGGAGUUCAGCUCUAACAACCCCUUUAAGGGCAACGCCGCCGCCGUCGCUGCGGCUGCUGCAGCUGCUGCCAUUGCCGUCGCCGAGCAGGUCUCUGCAGCGACCGCCUCGCCUGAGCCGCCGCCACAGCCACCACCAAUCAGGAAAGCCAAGACGAAAGAGGGCAAAGGCCCUGGCUACAAAAAGCGCAGUAAAAGCCCUCGAGUCUCAGACAAGAAAAAGGCUCAAGCAAAGGCUAAAAAGAUGGCACCCAUCCGUAUCAAACUGUCGCCCAUAGGUGCCAAGAGGAAGAAGAGCUGCUCCAGCGAUGAUAUAGAGGAGGACGAGUCUGAACAGGAGGACUCCAGCGUCCACAGCUCCUCGGUUCGCUCGGACAGCUCCGGCCGUGUCAAGAAGAACAAGCGAGGACGUCCUGUCAAGAAGAAGAAGAAAAUCCCUGGGGAAGAGGAGGGGGAGGGCUACGAGACGGACCAUCAGGACUACUGCGAGGUGUGUCAGCAGGGCGGAGAAAUCAUCCUGUGUGACACUUGUCCCAGAGCCUAUCACCUCGUCUGUCUGGAGCCUGAGCUGGACAAGGCCCCCGAGGGCAAGUGGAGCUGCCCGCACUGCGAAAAAGAAGGAAUCCAGUGGGAAGCAAAGGACGAGGAGUUUGAGGACUUUGAGGAGGACAGCGAGGACAGGGUGAUAUCAGACGUCGGGGCCGGGAUUGUGGUCCCCACCGGGGCGGAGGAGGAGGAUGACGACCACAUGGAGUUCUGUCGGGUGUGCAAAGACGGAGGUGAACUGUUGUGUUGCGACACCUGUACCUCGUCGUACCACAUCCACUGUCUCAACCCGCCGCUGCCAGAGAUCCCCAACGGAGAGUGGCUGUGUCCACGAUGCACGUGUCCGCAAAUCAAAGGCCGCGUCCAGAAAAUCCUCCACUGGCGGUGGGGAGAGCCUCCAUCGCCGAUUCCUGUCCCCCCGGCUCCUGACGCCGCGCCUGACGCCCCGCCGCCGCCACCCAUGAAGGGCAGACCCGAGAGGGAGUUCUUUGUCAAGUUGGUCGGGCAGUCUUACUGGCACUGCACGUGGAUCACCGAGCUCCAGCUGGAGAUCUUCCACUCGGUGAUGUACAGAAACUACCAGAGGAAGACGGACAUGGACGAGCCUCCCAGUCUGGAUUAUGGUUCCGGAGGAGAAGACGAGAACGGAGUGGGAAAGAGCGAGAAGAGGAGGGCUAAGGAUCCUGAGUACGCCAUCAUGGAUGACAAAUACUACAAGUAUGGCAUCAAGCCUGAGUGGAUGAUGAUCCACCGCAUCAUCAAUCACAGUGUGGACAAGAAGGUGACGUACCACUACCUGGUGAAGUGGAGAGACCUGACCUACGACCAGUGCACCUGGGAGAGGGACGACCUGGAUAUCCCUGAUUUUGCAAUUUACAAGGCCAAAUACUGGAGGCACAGAGAUUUAAUAACGAAGGAGGAUCCAGACAAACCCAGGAAGAUGAGGAGCAGGAACCCAGAGGGUGAAGAGGAGUCUCCUGCUUCACCAGUCACUGACCCUACGAUAAAAUACGAAGAGCAGCCAGACUUCGUCACAUCGACCGGCGGGACGCUGCAUCUGUACCAGCUCGAGGGUCUGAACUGGCUGCGGUUUUCUUGGGCCCAGGGCACCGACACCAUCCUCGCAGAUGAGAUGGGCCUCGGCAAAACCAUCCAGACCAUUGUCUUCCUCUACUCACUUUUCAAAGAGGGUCACACCAAGGGCCCGUUCCUGGUCAGCGCUCCGCUCUCCACCAUCAUCAACUGGGAGAGGGAGUUCGAGAUGUGGGCACCCAACUUCUACGUAGUGACGUACACGGGAGACAAGGACAGUCGAGCCAUCAUCCGAGAGAACGAGUUCUCCUUCGACGACACGGCUGUCAAAGGAGGAAAGAAGGCCUUUAAACUGAGGAGGGACGCUCCUAUUAAAUUCCAUGUGCUGCUGACGUCCUAUGAGUUGGUGACCAUCGACCAGACGGCGCUCAAGUCCAUCGACUGGGCCUGUCUGGUGGUGGACGAGGCUCACCGCCUUAAGAACAACCAGUCCAAGUUUUUCAGGCGUCUGAACGAUUAUAAGAUCGACCACAAGCUGCUGCUGACAGGAACUCCCCUGCAGAACAACCUGGAGGAGCUGUUCCACCUGCUCAACUUCCUCACGCCCAACCGCUUCAAUAACCUCGAGGGCUUCCUGGAAGAGUUUGCCGACAUUUCCAAGGAGGACCAGAUCAAGAAGCUCCACGACCUUCUGGGGCCUCACAUGCUGCGGAGGCUGAAGGCCGACGUCUUCAAGAACAUGCCCGCCAAGACCGAGCUGAUUGUCAGAGUGGAGCUGAGCCCUAUGCAGAAGAAAUACUACAAGUUGAUUCUGACCAAGAAUUUCGAGGCUCUGAACUCGAAGGGAGGAAACCAGGUGUCACUGCUCAACAUCAUGAUGGACCUCAAGAAGUGCUGCAACCACCCCUACCUCUUCCCUGUGGCCUCCAUGGAAGCUCAGAAAACGCCCACCGGUGCUUACGAGGGGUCGGCCCUCACCAAGGCUUCUGGGAAACUGACGCUGAUGCAGAAAAUGCUGAGGAAUCUGAAAGAGCAGGGGCACCGAGUGCUUGUGUUCUCACAGAUGACUAAAAUGAUGGACUUGUUAGAAGACUUCCUGGACUAUGAGGGUUAUAAGUACGAGAGAAUUGACGGAAGCGUCACGGGAGCGCUGAGACAAGAGGCCAUCGACCGCUUCAAUGCUCCUGGUGCUUGUCAGUUUUGUUUCCUGCUCUCCACCAGAGCCGGAGGUUUGGGGAUCAACUUGGCCACAGCUGACACCGUCGUCAUCUUCGACUCGGACUGGAAUCCUCACAACGACAUACAGGCGUUCAGCCGAGCCCACCGAAUCGGGCAGGCCAACAAGGUUAUGAUCUACCGCUUUGUGACCCGAGCCAGCGUGGAGGAGCGGAUCACCCAGGUGGCCAAGAGGAAAAUGAUGCUGACCCACCUGGUGGUCCGGCCAGGCCUCGGAUCCAAGGCAGGCUCCAUGAGCAAACAGGAACUGGACGACAUCCUCAAGUUUGGAACAGAGGAGCUCUUCAAGGAUGAGGGAGAAGGUAUGAAAAACACCACGGGGGAUAAAGUGGAGGACGAGGGCAACGUCAUCCACUACGACAGCUCUGCCAUUGAGAGGCUGCUGGACCGAAGCCAGAACGAGUCGGACGACACGGACGUCCAGAACAUGAACGAGUACCUCAGCUCCUUUAAAGUGGCCCAGUACAUGGUCCGAGAGGAGGAUAAGGUCGAGGAGAUCGAGCGGGAGAUCAUCAAACAGGAGGAGAACGUGGACCCUGAUUAUUGGGAGAAGCUGCUGCGGCACCACUACGAGCAGCAGCAGGAGGACCUCGCCAGCAAACUGGGUAAAGGCAAGAGGAACCGCAAGCCCGUCAACUACAACGACGCAGCACAGGAGGACCAAGAGUGGCAUGCUGACAUUUCAGAUAACCAGUCCGAGUAUUCAGUGGGCUCCGAGGAGGAGGACGAGGACUUUGACGAUCGACCAGAGGGUCGAAGACAGUCGCGUCGCCAGUUGAGGAAUGAGAAAGAUAAACCUCUGCCUCCUCUCCUGGCCAGAGUCGGAGGCAACCUUGAGGUGCUGGGCUUUAACACACGCCAGCGGAAGGCCUUCCUGAACGCAGUGAUGCGCUGGGGGAUGCCGUCUCAGGACGCGUUUUCCUCCCAGUGGUUGGUGAGAGACCUCAGGGGCAAGAGUGAAAAAGAAUUCAAAGCUUACGUGUCUCUCUUCAUGCGUCACCUGUGCGAGCCGGUGGCUGACGGCGCUGAAACGUUCGCAGACGGUGUCCCGAGGGAGGGACUGUGUCGCCAGCCGGUCCUCACGCGAAUCGGCGUCAUGUCCCUCGUCAAGAAGAAGAUCCAGGAGUUUGAGCACAUCAACGGCCGGUGGAGUCUCCCAGAGCUCAAGCCUGAGGUCAACGUGGACAAAUCCUCCUCCAGGGCCUCCUCUCCCGCAGUGAAGACCGCCACGCCCACGCCAGACGGCAGCUACAGCAACACACCGUGCACCUCCAUGCCAGCGACCCCUGCUCCUGCAGACAAGUUGGAAAAGAACGGAAAAGAGGGGGAGAAGGAGGAGGACAAAGAGGAAGGUGAGACCCUGUCGGAGAAAGGGAAGGAGAAGGAUGAGGGGACAGAGGUGGACGACAACAAGACUGGAGACUCUGAAGAGCUGUCCUCGACAAAAGAGACACCACAGAGUGCGUCUCCUUGUCAAAAGGCCGAAGAUAUAGAGGAGCACGACCUGAAAGAGGCGGAGAAGAAGGAAACGCCAGACAGUCCAGCUGCCACGACAGAGGAGAAUAAAGCGCAGGAGGAGAGCAACGAAGAGUCGAAGCAAGACACGGAGUUAAAAGAAGAGAAAUCAGAUGGAGAGAAGGCGGCGGAGGAGAAGGAAAAAGACAACGAAAAGCACGAAGAGACGCCCACGGCAACGGAAGCGACAGACGCCAAGGAGAAGUCCGAGGUGGCCGACGUGAAGAAAGGUGCGUCUCCCUGUCUGAGAACACGCACGAUGAGUCUACGCUCAAUGACCCCUUCACUAUCUUUCUCAAUAACAGAGGAGGUGAAAGGUGAAAAAGAUGCCGGAAAAGAAGUCAGAGCAGCGAAGGAGGAGGCACCCAAAGGUAACGGGAGGCCUCCUGUUGAGCGACCUCGCUUCAUGUUCAACAUCGCAGAUGGCGGCUUCACUGAGCUGCACACUCUUUGGCAGAACGAGGAGCGGGCUGCCAUCUCCUCGGGGAAGAUGAACGAGAUCUGGCACCGCCGACACGACUUCUGGCUGCUGGCGGGAAUUGUGAUUCACGGCUACGCCCGGUGGCAGGACAUCCAGAACGAUCCCCAGUUCGCCAUCGUCAACGAGCCUUUCAAGACGCAGGCGAACAAAGGCAACUUCCUGGAGAUGAAGAACAAGUUCCUGGCUCGACGGUUUAAGCUGUUGGAGCAGGCGCUCGUGAUCGAGGAGCAGUUGCGGCGGGCGGCCUACCUGAACAUGACCCAGGACCCCAGCCACCCAGCCAUGGCACUCAACGCUCGCUUUGCAGAGGUGGAGUGCCUGGCGGAGUCGCACCAGCACCUCAGCAAGGAGUCGCUGGCGGGAAACAAGCCAGCCAACUCUGUCCUGCACAAAGUGUUGAACCAGUUGGAGGAGCUGCUGAGCGACAUGAAGGCCGACGUGACCCGCCUGCCGGCCACGCUGUCCAGGGUUCCCCCCAUCGCCGCCCGCCUGCAAAUGUCCGAGAGGAGCAUCCUCAGCCGACUGGCGAGCAAGGGCACAGAGACGCACACGCCCCCGCCCAUACCCCCAGGACCCUACGCCACCCCUCAGAACUAUGGAGCCCCCUUCACCCCUGCACCCCCGAGUGCCCUCUACAUGGGAGGUGCCAACUACAGUCAGAUGCCACCAGGAUCCUUCAUAUCAGAAGCCGCCGCCGCUGCUGGGGCCACCGGGGGAGCUGCUGGGGGAGCCGCCGGAGGGCCAACCGCUGCCAGCGUUUGCCAGAAGACGAAAGAGCACGAUGUGGUGCAGCGGCAGCGAGUGGUGGACCUCUGGAAGGACGGCAAGUCAGAAGGGGCCAUUGGGCAGGAGCUGAGGAUGCCCAAGUCCACGGUGCACAGCAUCAUCGUCAAGUACCGGCUCAGCAACACGGUGGAAAACCUGCCGCGCAACGGCCGACCAAAGAAACCCUGAGGUUAAACUGAGAGACUCGACAUUGGGGGAGAAAGAAAGGAAGGACAUUUGGAUUUACGAAUCCUGGAACGUAGCAAAAAAGAGACAGUGGAAGCGGAAAAGGGGAGAUGAAAAACCUGAAUGCACGAGGAGGACAAGGACAAGGCACCUUAACUCUGCUGGAAUGUGAGGGAUAUAAAAGGGAGAAGCAAAAAGCUCGCUGGUUGGAUUGAGUGAGUACGAAAGAAAGCAAAAAGGACAGGACAUGAAAAGUGAAAAGAAGUACUGGCACUAUGGUCCACAAAAUAAAACAAGCAAUCAACCACAGAGGGAGACGGAGGGGAGAGAGAGAGAGAGAGAGAGAGAGGGAGAGAGAGAGGUCCAAAAUACCAAGGGAGAGGUGAAGAGCUGGCCCUGAGAUCAAGCACUAAUGAUGCGUGGGAGGAAAAUGAGUCAGAGAGAAAGAAAAAAGGAGAGAUGACCUGUCUGGCACAAACAAAUCCUCGAGCAAGUCGCUGCUGAAAAAAAAAAGGCCCCCAAAAAAUCUGACUUUAGGAGGAAAUAUGUCUGGACUGAAGGAAGAAUGGAAAAAAAAAAAACUGACGGUAUGUUAAUGCAAUCACAGGUUUUCAAGAAUUCAAAUAUGACGGUGGAAUUGAAGAAAAGUGCAACAAAGGAAAGAGGAUUUUUUUAUUUAUUUUUUAUAUUAUUCUGCCUCAGACAGAUUUCUCAAGACGACUUCUUUUUUUCUGUUUCUCCCUCCGCGCCGAAAGAAAGAAAAAGAUUUCCCCCUGGAUCAAUUCUUCAUCCGCCGGCUGACUGAACAAGCCUGCCCCGCUCGCUCUGACCCCGUCCUCCCUCAUUCUUCCACAGUCCUCCACUCCUCCGUCUCUUUCUCAGUCUCUCUCUCACACACACACACACAGACACACACACAGCCACACACACAACACACUCUAGACCUCACACACAACCUGAAAACCUGCAAAGAAGUUAAUAUGUCUGCCGAGUUUGUGCAGAUGAGAUCCAGACUUGAAAUAGAAAAAAAGGGACGAGCUGGACUUAUCUUGCAACAAAAAAAGAACAGAACAGAAAGAAAAAAAAUAAUUGUCUAAGUAUAAAACUCUAUUUCCCAUGGACUCUGUUGCCCUCGCAUUCCUCAGUCCAACCAAGCGUAUCAGCAAGAAGCAUAGAAGUUGAAAAACUGAGACGCUGCCUUCGACCAACAAUCAGUAGCAAAGUUACUCGGACCCGAUCUGACGGGCCUGGUAUUGACAUAUGUACUGUAUUUACAAAAAAAGUUUAUUUACUAUUGCACCUUUUUGUUUUCGGAGGGGGUCACUGAAAGGGGAAUAUCACUCAAGUGAAGUAUUUACAUUUCCUGUUUUAGAGCCUCAACACAGGAAAAAGGGAAGAAAAAAAAAAAAAUGACUGUAUUUAUGAGCAGCUCUUCCCUAAAGCCGAAGACUGUAAUCUGUCACCGGGUGAAGAAGGGAGACUCACUUUGAAGCCUGAAGAGACGUUUUUGUUCUUCGAGCUUCUUUAUUGUGACAGUGUGAUGGAUUCCACGCUGGAAAAUGUCCCCUGAUCCCAGGGAAAAUAAAACACUCUGGACUCUGUCAUCGUUUUUCCAGCUGAGUGUGUCUGUGUGUGCGUGUGUGUGUGUGGAAGUUGUGCGUGCAUGUGUGAGUGUGUGCAGUAGAGCUGUACAUCAGGGUGACAUCUCGGAGUGGGGAAGCAGGACAAACUCUUUGGAAAGAGGAGACACGAACAAUCAGUUACACAGUCCAGACUUUUCCGGGACUUGCUUACUGUAUGAGUAUUUUUAAGCUAAAAUUGAGUGGUAUUUCCCUUUCAGCUUGAAGAACAUUGAGACCAGAAAAGUGUGGCACUGAUGCGGCCUGCAAUGAGAAUACACUGUGUUUGUGUGUGUGUGCAGAUUGAGGAAUGCUGUGUGUGUGUGUGCAGAUUCAGGAAUGCUGUGUGUGUGUGUGUGUGUGUGUGCAGGGUAGCACUUCCAUUUUUAUUAAAACCAGGGACCAUUUAGAAUUUUCCAUAUUUGUACCAAUACGAUACUUAGUUUUCUUUAUAUGAAUUCCAAAUACUGUUUUUGAGUUGCGUUACUUCGCGGAAUAUGAAUGUUUUUAUACAAACCCUUUUUUUUUUCCCGAUUUCACAAAAUUCUCAAAUGCAUCAGUGUUUAAUUCUGUCUCAAAACAACGUAGGCAAAAGCUAUUUCGGGCAAGAAUUUUACUUUGAACACUCAGUAGAGCUCAUGCAUCCGCCAGUAAAUUCAACCAAGCUGCACCAAAUUACACACAUUCACAGAUAUGAGUCGUGUGAAUAUGCUUGAUUUAGUCACUGAGAAAGUGAAAAAUAUUUGGAUCCGGUCAUUAAAGUUGUACCGAUCAGUAUUUUUAUGGUAACGAUCAAUAAAGUGACUGUUCUCGCUCAUGCCGACUAACCCACAGAAUUAUGACUCAACAGUCCAGUUUACCUCGAAUCGUUUCAGCAUUUUUUAGCUCCUUGUUUUGGUUCUAAGACCCCAAACUUUAGUUUCUGUCUCGCUCCUCUCUUCCACCUUGUUAAAAGCUGCAGGCAGCUGUUUUCAGGAAGUAUUCUACCUGUCUAACAAAGUAAGGGACUAGCCGGAGCAUUUAGCAGGUGAAGCGCCAGAUAUUACUACCUCCAGGGGUCGGUGCAGACCACAAACAGAGCUAAGAGGAGAGAAAACUGACUGAACACACAAGUCAAAAUACAUUUUUGUGUUGUACUGUGAUUGCUUGGUGUGUAAAUGGGAAGUUGUUGUCCAACAUAUGAGCCAGUUCAGUUUUCUAAGCGAAUAAUAUGUCAAUUUACCACCUGCACGUGCACCAAAAAUCAAGUAAACAGGUUCAAAUCAGUAGAAAACAGGAUAGUUUUAGAUACUUGUUCAUUUUAAUAGAUUUCUGUCUGUACUAAAAACGUGUGAUACCCAGUGUUUAAAGACUACACAACACAUGUAUGCAUGAAAGAUGUUGUAGUUCCUGAGAGGGUUGACGGUUCGGAGACACGAGGUUGUCGCUGAUGAAGAGUUUUGGCGCCGGCACACUCGCGUAAAAGCUUUUCAGAAAGCAAAAAUGCUGCGUCUCCUGCCAAGAUGGCAGCUCGCGCUUCUAUCAGAUAGAAGUCAGGACCCACAGGGGAGAGACUCGCAUGUUGGCCAGGAAUGAUUUUUAUUGUUUUUCUGGACUUACAUCCAGUGCAGAGUUUUCAUUCUCGUCAUGGAAUAGAAACAGUUGGAGUUUUAAGGAAUUCCUAGAGAUGCUGUAUGUCCAUGUGCGGGUUGUGACUAAAAAUAAAUCAUGCCAGUGAGAAGUAUAUGAAGAAAGAGGAGGAGAACAGAGGGGUGGGUUUCGCUCAGUGAGUUUGGAAGCAGAGUGAAUCUGUUAUCUGGUCUAAUACAGAACAAGUGCUCCUUUUGAAUUCCUUCUCUUAACGGCUUCUUCACCUUAUUUGCCUUUUUGGUUAGAGUCCGACUGAUACUGGGGAGUUUACUGGGGGCGAUACCAAAGCUGAUAUUCAAGGUUAAAAAUAAGUUGCAGUGAACUGGGUACACAUGUGACUGCUUCACAAUAAAAAGCCAUCCUCUGUUUCUCUAAUUCAGUGCUUUUAAUGUGAAGGAGCAGUAAUACCAAAUGCAAGGUUACAGUUUUGUUUAUAGACACAAGAAAGUUUAUAAAGAUGAACGACAUGACAGCUGCUCGAAAGUGAAGCCAAAGCAUCUGGAUUACCCUCUAGUGGCUGGCUGCAGUAUUUGGUCGUAAACCCCAUCUCAUCCAUGUUAGCAGAUGGGACAUGGACCAAAUAAAGGUCCAUAAAACACUGAUGUAAUUUAAUAACGCGUCUCCGUCCCCUGAUUGGCUUCAAAUGCACAAGAUGGCGGUGUUUGUAUAUUUUGGCUUCAUUUCUGGAUCAUGGAAGGAAGUGGAGACGCGUUGUCCAUCGUUGAAUACAGUCUACGUUCAAGACAGUGGACAGCAGCGGAACUACACCACUAUUAAUACAAAAUUCCAAGAAAUUCCAGUAUAUACACAUCAAAUGUUUAUUUGUGGAAUUUCAGUAGAUGAAAAUAUAAAAAAUUAGAAGAGGUUUUUAAAAAUAUGUGAUUAACAAAUUGGCUCUGGUCUCUUUCAUGAGGGUCCUUUAAUUUAUGACGUGUGCGUGACAUGUGUACCUGUCAGCGCUCUCUGGUGGACAAACGAUACAGUGGUGACACACGACUUCAGACUAAAUGUGCUGCAGUUUCCUGUUGUUAUACGGGCCUCACUCGUCUGUCAGCUUUUAUUCCUCAGUUCCUUUUCUUUCCAGAGCCCUUAAACCCGUCUCUCACUUAUUUUAUCGUCUUCUCUCGUCCACGUCUCAAUCUUCUGCAUCUUUUUUUCCUUCUCUCGCUCUUUCACCGAGUCUUCACCUUGAUUUUGUUUAGCCUCUUAUCAGAUUUUGUCAAACACACACAUACAAACUUACUGACUCCGUGUCCUCUCUCUCUCUCUCUCUCUCUCUCUCUCUCUCUCUCAGCAUCUCCCCUCUGUUGGCCUCCACUGGCAAAAUGCCACACGUUUUCCCAUAAAUGGUCCCCCUGCUGGGUCCAGACACACACACACACACACACAGAGUGCUGCAGCAGCCCACCAGCCCAAACGUCCUGGGCUCAAUCCGCUCCUUAUCACUUCUUUCAUCUGCACGGUGGUGUUAUGACAGUUUAUCUUUCCCUGUGGCGCGGGUGAGAGAAGUGCGCUGUUCUUCUAUUCCUGGCUUUGUUUUGAAAGGAGCGCUAAACUCGCCGUUCCACUCCCCGAGCAGAUUUAUGAUAGUGCACAAGAUGUGGGGCGCACAGAUCCCUGAGCUGGCCCGACGCUGCAGGAGAAUCAUUUCCAUGCAUGUGUGUGUCCGUGGUACCUGGAUGUGUAUGUGUGAGUGUGUGUGUGUGUUUAUUCUCAUUGCCAGCCGCACCUCUGCCAGGUUAACAGUUAUAUGCAUUCUGGGAUUUAAUCAUCCUUGUAAACAUAAUACUGUAAAUGUAAAACCAUAUAUUGAUGUACUGUUUGUUCAUUAAAAAGAUAAUUGAA